AUUGCAAUCAAAUAUUUAUCGCAAAUCUCAUAACAACCAUACAUUUCAUUGGGCACUUGAAACUACUACAGCAACGGAAACUCAUAAAAUUAAAGAUAUUUGUGCGAAAUCGACGUAUAAGAGGAACAAUGAGAUUCCGUUUCAUUAAUAUUGUUGUUUUCAUAUGUUUGGCCACAAGUGGACUACCGUUGACCAGAGCCGCCGACAAAUCAGCAGACGAUGACGGUUCGUGUGAGACAAAAGUGGAAAAUUGUCGCUGUUUUAUGGCCGGUAAAAAUCGACCCGAACUGGAGUGUACCCGUGAAAAGCUAAAGCACAUACCGUCGGCUUCCUUAUGGCCGGAAAAUAUUUUCGCAUUAGAUGUCAGUAUGAAUGUCAUCAAAAACAUCGAUGUCGUCGACUCGAACGACGCCCUCGAAUACCUGGACCUGGCGUCCAAUCAGAUCGAGUCGAUAUCGCCGCACGCUUUCGACGGACUGACCAAACUGCGCGGCCUAGACCUCAGUCACAACGAAUUGGUCGCCAUUCCCAGCGAACUGUUCAACAAUCAACUGUUGACACUCAAUCUUAGCUACAAUAAGAUCGAAAUAUUGCCGAAAGAUAUGCUGAAAAAGACGACUUACCUCCAGGAGCUGCGUAUAGCGCACAAUCCGUUACGAAUGCUUGAACCGGAUUUGUUCCAGUAUUCCGGUCAACUCAAGUCACUGGACUUGUCGGCCAUUGACUUGUUUGCCAUCAAAGAGGAUAUCUUUCACUAUUUGUUUGAAAUGUCUGAACUGGACUUAUCCGACAACGACUUUAUGGUCGUACCGACGACACCAUUGAGAAGUGCACGCAAUUUGCAAAUAUUAAAACUAAACGGAAAUCCUAUUUCAAUACUGGAUGAACAUUCGUUUAUUAAGAUGUCUGGUCUACAGGAACUGUAUUUGGAUGACAUGAAAGAGUUGAUCGAAAUCAAAGAGAAGACAUUCUCCUAUCUGUAUAAUCUGAGAAAGAUAUCCAUCAGUAAUAACCCGCACCUGUCCUAUAUAGACAACCACGCAUUUUAUGGUAUAUUCAAUAGGAGUUGGAUGGCCAUACAGGAGGCCAACUUAAGAGCCAACCGAUUGUCAUAUCUCGCUGACACUACAUUACCAUUUUGCAAUCUAACCAGUCUUGACCUGAGAGAGAAUCCCUGGGCUUGCGAUUGUCAUAUACUUUGGGCCAAAUACUGUCAUCUGAGACCAGAGCUCACACACGGCAUUAUUUGCGCUUCUCCAUCCAAAUUCCGAGGCGAUGACCUGAUGCUGAUCGACCACACAGAGAUCCAUUGCGAGCACAGUCAGAUGUACGCCGAAGUACGGCUAAUGCGACUCUUCCUUAUAGUAUUUGUGUCGUUCACACUGUUCUUCAUUGCACUGGUAUUUGUAUUGUUCAUCAAACGCGAUGUCUUCAUGAAAUGGUGGUCCAAUCGGCGCCGGGGAACGGGAGCUAUAUAUUAUGUCAAAGCACACUCCAAUCCUAUUGAACCGGAAUUUUAAGGUGGCGGUAGGGGAGAGGGGGGCUUCCUAUCGCCUACUUGUAUGAAUGUGUGUCCCGGUUAUCAGUUGGCGCUUAUCAUAUAAUAUUAUUUAGUCAAUUACUUAGUCAUUGUCACUACAAUAAUUCAAUCAUAAUCAAAAUGUGUCAAAUUUGUCAAAGUUUUUUUUUAA